AUGCACAGACGCUCGUCUGGCUCGCCUGUCGAGGACGACGCUGAAGAAUCUUUGGCUUCUCGAACCCCGAACGAAUCAAGCUAUGCUCCCAAUGUUGCCGACUCGCCGGAGAAAUCGCGCCCGCAGCUAGCCCGCACAGGCACCAGCUUUGAGCUGCGUCGAGACAACCCCGGCGCAUCCACCCCGCGAUCUAGGAACUCGAGUAUGUGGAGAACGCCCGUGUCUGUUGCGUCGCCGACGAGUCUUGGCCAUUCCGACUCCAAAUCCUCCUCCGUUAUGAUGCCAUUGGCGUCGCAGCGACUCCCCAUGGAAUCGUCGCCUGACGCCCAGUCCCGAUCUCGACCGUCCCGCCUCCGAAGCCCGUGGCCCUGCUCGAUCCUAACCGCCGUGACCACCUGCAUCGCCUCCGUCUUCCUCUUCUUCAUCCUCCGUUCCUUUUCGACCCGGCAGACUGGUGGAGAUGGCUGUGGUAUACCGGUCAUGAGCCCAUCGUUCCUCCAUAUGGUGGGGUUUGACACGGAACAUACGCGCUUUGCGAGCAAGUAUAACCUAUAUCUGUACAGAGAGGCGGGUGUCGACCCGUAUACUCAGGAAAACCUCGGGUUGAAUGGCGCCCCCGUCCUAUUUCUCCCCGGAAACGCCGGAAGCUAUCGUCAGGUCCGAUCUCUAGCCGCCGAAGCGUCGAGACACUUCGCCGAUGUGAUUCGCCAUGACCACGAGCGUCUGGCGACCGGAACCCGAAGCUUGGAUUUCUUCAUGAUCGAUUUCAACGAGGACAUGGCGGCUUUUCACGGACAGACCUUGGUCGAUCAAGCCGAAUACGUCAACGAGGCCGUGGCCUAUAUCCUUUCGCUUUAUCACGACCCUCGACGGUCGUGGCGGGACCCCGAUCUCCCGGAUCCCAGCUCCGUCAUCCUCAUCGGACAUUCCAUGGGAGGUAUCGUCGCGCGUACGACGCUGACCAUGCCGAACUACCAAGCCAAUUCGGUCAACACCAUUGUCACCAUGUCUGCGCCCCACGCGAAACCCCCGGUAUCAUUCGAAUCCGACGUCGUUCAAACCUACAAGCAAAUCAACGAUUACUGGCGCGAGGCCUACUCUCAGACCUGGGCCAACAACAACCCUUUGUGGCAUGUGACGCUCAUCUCGAUUGCGGGCGGCUCACGGGAUACGGUCGUCCCUUCGGAUUAUGCGAGUAUAUCGUCUCUCGUUCCCGAGACCCAUGGCUUCACCGUGUUUACGUCCACCAUCCCGGACGUCUGGAUCGGGAUGGACCAUCUGUCUAUCACUUGGUGCGAUCAAUUCCGGAAAGCGAUUAUCAAAUCAUUGUUCGAAGUGGUCGAUGUGCGACGUGCCAGCCAGACGAAGCCGAGGGCGCAGCGGAUGCGCGUUUUCAAGAAAUGGUACCUGACCGGAUUGGAGCCCGUGGCGGAGAGAACUCUACCACAAAAAGGUACCAACAUUUCUCGAAUUCUAUUAAUACUUCCUACCGAAACUAAUACAGUGAUCCCUGCAGAGCCAAACUCUCUUUUGACCCUGGAGGAUCAAGCCAACGCGAUAUUACCCCAAGGACAACGGCUUACUCUCCGAGAACUCGGCCAUCGCAACGGUCCCAAUGUGCAUCUGAUGCCGGUCCCUCCGCAGGGGGUUCCGGGAAAGAAAUUUACCCUGCUCACCGAUCAGCCCUUCGAGAGAGUUGGAGAUCAGAGCAAUCUUGAGGUCCUCUUCUGCAGUGUCCUCCCCUUGCAGAAUGGAAAAUUCUCCAGCAUCUUUUCCAUGAACGUGGACUUUUCCGGUGGCGGAAUGGGCUCUACGCGGCUUGCCUGCAAGAACGCCGCCGACGAUGCGAUCCAUCUGCCAGCGUCGACACCCGCCUCGAAUCACCCCUAUGAUCGAGUCCAGCCCUACUCCUAUCUCCAGUAUGACCUGGAGGAUCUAGCGGAACAUCAGUUUGUGGCAAUCAUCGACAAGGCCCAUUCGCCGACCAAGGGAUGGGUGCUGGCCGAAUUUUCGGACAGCUCGGAUGCCGUCAUCAGAGCUCGGAUCGGCCUGGGCAGUCUGCUCAGUGCUGGAUUGAAUAUGCGACUGCCGGCCAACCGUCCCAUGCUCACGGAGGUGAAGAUACCAGCUUUGUAUUCUAGUCUGCUAGACUACAAACUCAAGGUCGUCCAGCGAGGGCCCAAGGGCGAGAAGGAACUCUUUGCUCCCCUCCUGCGGCAGUCGAUCCCGGAUCCGCACGAGUCCAAAUUUUUCGUCAAUGUGAAGGAGGUCAACGUGAAUCUACACGGAAUGGCACCGUUCAUGCCCCCUCCGCUUCGCGACCAGGCAACCUACGGCGGUGUUUCCUUUCAGCUUUGGACGGAUCCGAGCAGCGGCGCCACGGUCGAUAUCUCCCUGUCGGUGGACAUUCUCGGCAGUCUGGGAGAGCUGGUGAUGCGUUAUCGAACUGUUUUUGCUGCAUUUCCCGUCCUUGUUAUGGCUCUGGUUCUCCGAAAGCAGUUUCAGGUGUACGACGAGACCGGCUAUUUCCUUACAUUUGGAGAGGGCUUAGACCGUUCCUUGCGAUCUUCCUUGCCCGCUCUCCUACUCUCCAUGUCUCUGCUAGCUUCCUCAUUAGCAACUUCCAGCAAGUUGCCGCCGAGCGAUGACCCUUUCCAUUGGCCCGUGAAUGCCACCGAGUCCCCGAUUGACUUCACCAAGAACGACCUGCUUCUAGGCUCACAGGACUCGUUCUUCUGGUUCCUGGUCCCUGUCUUCGGUCUAAUCAGCGUGGGUAUAUGCGUCAUGGUUAAUUACGCAGCCCUUGCUCUCAUCUCGAUCUUCACUUCUGUCUAUGGAUUUCUGAAGAGCAAAUCUGGGUAUAUUCGGCGUGAUGACAAAGGGAAUCUCCCAAUCUUCUCGUCUCCUACACCCAGACGACGUGUGAUCAACACAGUUAUCCUGCUGAUUCUCGUAUCGACGGCCGUCCCGUACCAGUUCGCUUACAUGGUGGCGUGCAUCGUUCAGCUCGCAACCGCCGUCCGGGCCCAAUGGCAUGCCAAGGAAACUAAAUCUACCGCGCAUUACAAUUUCGCCAACUACAGUUAUUCGAUUUUCGUGUUUAUGCUGUGGAUCCUCCCCAUCAACAUCCUCGUGCUUCUUGUGUGGGCUCAUAAUCUGGUCGUGCAUUGGUUUAUGCCAUUCUCAUCGCAUCAUAAUGUUUUGUCAAUAAUGCCCUUUAUCCUCCUCGUCGAAGCCAUGACUACAGGAACUAUGAUUCCCCGAGUCACCUCACGGCUUAAACACCUCACAUACAUGCUCUUCUUUUCUAUUGCCAUCUACUCGGCAGUCUACGGCGUCUCAUACGCCUACCUCCUCCAUCACCUCGCUAACAUUCUCGCCGCCUGGCUGAUUGGGAUCUACCUAUUCAGCAGCGGCUUCUCCAUCCGCCAAUUAUGGCGAGUCUUAGAAGGAGACGAAGUAACGCAGACCACCUCCGAACCAAGGAGUUACAUGAAGAAAAAACCAUAA